AUGCCUCACAAAGUCAACCAGUCCAACUCUACUCUGGCCAGCAGCGGCAGUAGCGGUGACCGGGUGGUGAUCACAGACCUACGAGGGUCCAACGCUGGUCCACGCCGAACGCAACCUCCCGUUAUUGUUCACAACCAGGGGGGACAAAUCUACGACGAAACGAGACCCUCCGAUUGGGACAAGCAGCGGUGGAAGUAA